AUGUUCCUAAACGAAUAUGGGAAGGUUUUACUCGAAUAUGGUGCUGACUUCACCUACGUUACAAAUGCUGAAGCGAGUCGUUCAAUUUUAAUGCCAAAUCCAAUAUUUUCAAAACCUGGUUUAGAUCCAGCUAGAAUGGCCAUUUUCAAAGAUGCUGUUAGUGCAAAAUUUCAGGUUUCUCCUACUCAUUGGAAUACAUUUUUACAGAUUGUUUCCGUCGUACACUUACACAAUUGA